GCUCUGAGUCCCCCUCCCCGUCAGUCAUGAAUGGACUUGGGGAUCCCGCCGGGCUGGCGAGGCGCGGGCGGGUGCGGCGCCGCCGCCAGCCCUACGCUGCCAGCGGAUCGGUGUUGGCCGUGCCCUUGAGGCCCAGGAAGAUCCGAAGGCACCGGAGAAGCGCGGCGUCCCGCAUGGCGGCGCUGAGCGCCCAGACGUUGCCGCCGAGCGACGACUCGUCGGACUCGCGGCUGGAGGCGGCCGCCGACGGCCCGGGUGCGGGGGACGCGCGGGCCGGCGGGGCGGCGGCCGCGGCGACGGCGACCAGGACGGCGGGCGUCCGGGGCGCGGGCGGGCCACCAGCGUCCGUCCUCCGCGGGCCUGCAGAGCCUCGGGCCGCCUCGCGCUCGCGGCCGGCCCCGGCGGCCUCCUGUGUUCCCCGCGAGCCGGCAGCCGAGGCGGACGAGCCCGGCCGGGAGCCGCCCCGGGACUCGCCGCUGCAGCAGGUCCUGGCGGAGCUGAACCGCAUCGCCAGCAGCCGGCGGCGCGCCGCGCGCCUCUUCGAGUGGCUCAUCGCGCCCAUGCCGCCCGAGCACUUCUACCGGCGCCUCUGGGAGCGGGAGGCCGUGCUGGUGCGGCGGCAGGACCACGCCUACUACCGGGGCCUCUUCUCCACCGCCGACCUGGACUCCGUGCUGCGCCACGAGGACGUGCAGUUCGGCCAGCACCUGGACGCCGCGCGCUACGUCCGCGGGCGCCGGGAGACCCUGAACCCGCCGGGCCGCGCUCUGCCCGCCGCCGCCUGGUCCCUGUACCAGGCCGGGUGCUCGCUGCGCCUCCUCUGCCCGCAGGCGUUCUCGCACACCGUGUGGCAGUUCUUGGCUGUGCUGCAGGAGCAGUUCGGAAGCAUGGCCGGCUCCAACGUCUACCUCACGCCCCCCAACUCGCAAGGGUUUGCCCCCCACUACGACGACAUCGAGGCGUUCGUGCUGCAGCUGGAAGGUAGGAAACUCUGGCGCGUCUACCGACCGCGAGACUCGUCCGAGGAACUGGCUUUGACCUCGAGCCCCAACUUCAGCCAGGAGGACCUUGGUGAGCCCGUCCUGCAGACGGUGCUGGAACCGGGAGACUUGCUCUAUUUCCCUCGGGGCUUCAUUCACCAAGCCGAAUGCCAGGAUGGAUCUCACUCUCUGCACCUCACCUUGUCCACCUACCAGCGCAAUACCUGGGGUGACUUCCUGGAGGCCGUCUUGCCCCUGGCAGUGCAGGCAGCAAUAGAAGAAAAUGUCGAGUUUCGGAGGGGUCUCCCUCGAGACUUCAUGGAUUACAUGGGAGCCCAGCAUUCAGAUUCGAAGGAUCCGCGAAGAACAGCCUUCAUGGAAAAGGUGCGGGUAUUGGUCGCCCGCUUAGGGCACUUUGCUCCUGUCGAUGCUGUGGCGGACCAGCGAGCCAAAGACUUCAUCCAUGAUUCUCUGCCCCCGGUUUUGACUGAUAGGGAGAGGGCGUUAAGCGUCCAUGGGCUCCCAAUUCGCUGGGAGGCUGGGAAACCUGUCAAUGUGGGGGCUCAGCUGACCACCGAAACGGAAGUCCACAUGCUUCAGGAUGGCAUAGCUCGCCUGGUGGGUGAGGGAGGUCAUUUGCUUCUCUAUUACACCGUGGAAAACUCUCGUGUUUAUCAUCUGGAGGAACCCAAGUACUUGGAAAUCGACCCCCAGCAGGCUGAUGCCAUGGAACUCCUGCUUCGAUCCUACCCAGAAUUUGUGAGAGUUGGAGAUCUGCCCUGUGACAGUGUGGAGGACCAGCUUUCCUUAGCAACCAUGUUGUAUGAUAAGGGGCUGCUGCUCACCAAGGCGCCGCUAACUGUGAACUAGGUCCUUGUUGAUGGCUGGGAAGAACACAAUACUGGUUCUGCACUACCAUGGCCACAUCCCCCCCCCCCUUUUUUUUUUUUUAACUCAUGUUCUUACCUUGGUCACUGUAAUACGGUCACACUUACCUUUAUGGCCGCUUCGAUGUCAAACUCUGGUGGUCCAGGAAGAACUGCUUGAUCUAGGUACAAAAGUAAAGGCAGAAAUUGGAGGGGGGGGGGGCCUAUUUCUUCAGGGUACUACUACUGGAUGUUAUCCUGCUUGAGGCAUUACAGGUUUUUAUACGGAAGUUGCAUCUUUUCAUUAGUUUGUGGGGAGGGCUGGGGUCAGUAUCCUGUUUGUUAAAACCUUUUGUGAACCUAGAUUUAUUAAAGUACCAAAGAAUUUUU